ACCAUACUUUAUUCUGUUUUGUAUUUGACUUGUUCCAGUUGACACAGGAAGAGGGGUGCGGAGGCUAGGGGUAGGCCGCAGGGACCAGAGGUGGGGGGUCAAAGAGAUCUGAGCCCAAAGUGGUGGCUGGAGAGGCCUGCGCCCCCUCAGGGCUUGCGCCAAGGGGGGAACCCCGGACUCAGCGGGGACAGGGGGCGCGCAGAAGGGAAGGUCCAAAGAGGCCAAGCCCCAGACGGUGACCAGGUUUGGUGAGAGGAGCCGGGUAGCCCGAGCCUUGCACGCCGCCCUGCCCCGCGGCGCAGGCUCCGCCCCGGACCAAGCCCCGCCCCACAGCGCAGGCUCCGCCCCGGGCUAAGCCCCGCCCCACCCCGCCCCGCCCCGCUCCGGAAGCCUUUUGCCCGCGCAGGCGCCCCAGGUCCCGAGGUGCCCCAGAUCCGCAGGCGCCCCGGGCCCGCAGGCGUCCCAGUGCCGAAGCCCUGCCCGCCGGAUCCCUCCGCCCGCCGAGGCGCCAUGGUGCCGCCGCCUCUCUGCACGCUGCCGCCGGGCCCCGGACCCCCGCGCUUCGUGUGCUACUGCGAGGGGGAGGGCGGCGGGCCCGGGGAACGCGGCGGCUUCAACCUCUGUGUGACGGACGCCGCGGAGCUCUGGAGCACCUGCUUCACGCCGGACCGCUUGGCGGCCCUGAAAGCCCGUUUUGGCCUCAGUGCGGCUGAAGACAUCGCCCUCCGAUUCAGGGCAGCCUGCGAGCAGCAAGCUGUGACUCUCACCCUGCAGGAAGACAGAGCGUCCCUGACCCUUUCAGGGGGCCCCUCGGCGCUGGAACUUGACCUGUCCAAGGUGCCGGGCCCAGAGGCAGCCUCCAGGUUGCAGACACUGACACUGGGCUUGGCAGAGCGUGUGUGCAGCUUGGAGCGGCGGCUGGCAGCUGCUGCAGCGGAGGAGACGGCCACCAGCCCCAGGAAGAGCGCCCGGCAGGCGGGGCCUCAUCUCUUCUUCCCAGACCCAGAUCCUCAGAGAGGUGGCCCUGGACCUGGGGUCAAGAGGCGGUGUCCAGGGGAGUCUCUCAUCAACCCAGGCUUCAAGAGUAAGAAGCCGGCAAGUGGUGUAGACUUUGAUGACCCCUGAAGGCACCACGGAAAGAGGGACGUUAGGACUGUGCCUGCGAGGAGAGGGCAGGGGCGGCCCCCAGGACCUCCCGCGGGCACCUGCCCAGCCUGCUGCCAGGCCGAACAAGGCCACUCCUCUAGCCCCUUCCCCGUCAAAUAAACAGCUUCAUCUGGCAAAA